AUGACGAGGUGCACAUCACAUGUGCAUGGGGAGCUCAAAACCAAGAUGCAGGUGCUGAUGGCCUCAUUCUUUGACUUCCAUGCAAGCAGAUCUAUAGUUGCCAUAAAGCAAAAAUGUGACCUGGCCAAGUCUCUCAAGGAGGGAUCACAUUUUGUUUUUAAGGACUGGGAAAUGAAAUGUGGCAUAUACAAGACCAAAUUAAUCCAGUUGGUGGUCAAUGAUAUGUGGUUUGCAAACCAAACCAAUGAGAGUAUAGUAUAUGCUAAAUACCUCGAUCCUUUACCCAUUCAAACCAUCACACUUAUACUCACAGCAGUGAGUGUAUUCAAUUAA